GCAAAUAUCGAUAACAAGUCCAAUCAGCUGAGCGGUGACAUUUGCCUUUUUCAAUCAACUAAUUAACACGGUCUCACUAUUUCGCCAAUAUUCCAAAGAAAUUGAUUUAUUAAAUUAUGAGUAGCAAAGCGAAUACCAAAGCUGGCGAAAUAAUCGCUUAUAGUGAAGCAGCUAUACGUGGAAAUAUUUCUGCUGUGGAAUAUUGUCGCACUUCCAUGGCUGCUCUAUCCGGUUGUGCUGCUGGCAUUUUGGGACUAAACGGCUUGCUUGGAUUCCUCUUCUAUUUCGUGUCAGUGUUUGUGUUGUGGCUGCUGGUGUUGGCGAAAUCUGGUACUCAAUGGCGCAAAUUCUUCAUCAAUCGCCAAAGCCUUCUCACCAACAACUUCAUGGGCGGCUUAUGUACAUAUGUUUUGUUCUGGACAUUCCUUUAUGGCAUGGUGCAUGUGUAUUAAACUAAGAUUCUUAUUCUAUUAGCAUUUUAGGCAGUGUAAAAUCGUGUAACUUCUUUUUUAUUCACUAAAAAAUUAUAGUAGGUAAUUAAAUUAAAGAUAUAAAUAAAAA